CUGGGUCCGCGCUGCCAACGGCGAUGUCGUUCGCAUGCAUUUGGCAAAGAGCAUGGCGAUCAGCACACCACGACACUCGCGACGCCGUCAACUGAGCCCCCUCGGCCAGUCUUCGAGUACUCACGUCAACUUUCCCACGGUCGCGAUGACAUCGCAAGAGGAAAACUACCUCGUCGCUCAAGCCACGCGCCAGCACGAAGCUCUCCUGGCCAAGCACCACGACAACCUGCACACGUUCAGGACGCUGGAGGCACUCGUGGACAAGGUCGAAGUGUGCCGCACGAUCCAAACAUGGUCAAACGUCAUCCCUUUUCGCGCCAGGAUCUGCAUGGCGGCGACACUCGAGGAAGUGUACUCGCUCGUAGCCAACCUUACGGACGACGACAUCGUCAGCACGGUGGCCCACUCGGACGAGCUCGCCGACAUGAAGCUUCUCUACGACAUCCCUGUCAAUGAAGAAAAGCACGUCGCAGUCCGGUGGUUUGCCCUCAAGCAGCCAAAGCCACUGGCUAUCCGCGACUUUUGCGUGCUCGAGAUGCAAGAAGAGCUCGUGGACUACGCCGGCCGGCGUGUGUUAGCUUUAUCAACGCACUCGACCCACUUUGACUGGUGUCCCGACAUGAAAUCCACUUUGGGGUAUAUUCGCGGCGACAUCCUGUCCUCCGGCCUCAUCUGCACCGAAUCGGACGAGCCUGGAAUGGUCGAAAUCCAUUACUACGUUGACAUGGACUACCGCGGCGGCGCCCUCCCGAUGUGGCUCUACCGACUGCGCAUGAGACAUCAUGUAUCCGCACGUCUUUCGCACCUCUACACCCGCGUGCACGAGCUCCGGCUGGCCGAAUGCAUCUCGACGUCGUACGUGCCGCUCGUCCCAAAAAGUACGCGACGGCACUGCCGGGGCUGCACCAAGACAUUCCACGUCCUCCGUCGAAAAUGCCACUGCCGCAACUGCGGCGACGUUUUUUGCUGGAGCUGCACACACGUUUGGAAGCUCGAGCACUUCAAACAACCCCAGCGUGUCUGCCGGGGGUGCUCCGACCACGUCAAUGUUCGAACGACAAGUCGGCGUGGCGCGACGUCCGGCGACGUGCCUCUCAAGUCGUGCAGAUCACAGGACCUGCGGUCCAUGCGGUCCAACUCCAAGUGGGAUGCGUCCAAAUGGGACCUGUCCAGCCGUUGGGGGCUCCUCGACACGGGACGGACGAGCGACGUGUCGUCGCCGGUCUUCCUCGUUUGCCCAGAGCCGUCCGAGUCUCUCACGUCCGCGAUCCUCCAAGUCGAAACGAUGCUCGAAGAAUGA